GGAGGCUGCGGGCGGCGGGGAUAAGCGAGUCGCCGCCGCCCCGGGCCUAGGCGCGAGGUCUGGGAGCCGAAGCUGCACCUUGGACCCCGGCUAGCCGUGGGCUCGCUGGCCAUGGGGCUCUACCGCCGCCCGGACUACGCGGCCCUGCUCUCGGGCGGCCUCCUGUGUCUCCUGCUGCUGGCAGAGCCGACGCUCCCGGCCGGACGUCAUCCCCCGGUGGUACUGGUGCCUGGAGACUUGGGGAACCAGCUGGAGGCGAAGCUGGACAAGCCGAAGGUCGUGCACUACCUCUGCUCCAAGAAGACUGACAGCUACUUCACGCUCUGGCUCAACCUGGAGCUAUUGCUGCCUGUAAUCAUUGACUGCUGGAUAGAUAACAUCAGGCUGAUCUACAACAGAACUUCCCGGGCCACCCAGUUUCCUGAAGGUGUGGAUGUUCAGGUCCCCGGCUUCGGGCAGACCUACUCACUCGAGUUCCUGGACCCCAGCAAACGUAGUGUGGGUGCCUAUUUCCACACCAUGGUGGAGAGCCUUGUGAGUUGGGGCUACACAUCGGGAAAGGAUGUCCGGGGAGCCCCCUAUGACUGGCGCCGAGCUCCAAAUGAAAACGGGCCCUACUUCCUGGCCCUCCGCGAGAUGAUCGAGGAGAUGUACCAGCUGUACGGGGGCCCAGUGGUGCUGGUUGCCCACAGCAUGGGAAACAUGUACAUGCUCUACUUUCUGCAGCGGCAGCCACAGGCCUGGAAGGACAAGUACAUCCGGGCCUUUGUGUCCCUGGGUGCGCCCUGGGGGGGCGUGGCCAAGACAUUUCGAGUCCUGGCCUCAGGAGAUAACAACCGUAUCCCCGUCAUUAGUUCUCUGAAGAUCCGGGAGCAGCAACGCACAGCCGUCUCCACCAGUUGGCUGCUGCCCUACAAUUCUACCUGGUCCCCCGAGAAGGUGUUCGUGUAUACACCCACUGCCAACUACACACUGCAGGAUUAUGCCCGCUUCUUUCAGGACAUUGGCUUCCCUGACGGCUGGCUUAUGCGGCAGGACACCGAAGAGCUGGUCCAGGCCAUGGUGCCACCAGGUGUGCCACUUCACUGUCUCUAUGGCACAGGAGUCAGUACCCCAAACUCCUUCAAUUAUGAGACCUUCCCAGACCAGGAGCCGAAGAUCUCCUUCGGUAAUGGUGAUGGCACAGUGAACGUGGAGAGCAUCCAGCAGUGCCAGAAGUGGAUAGGUAGCCAGGAGCAGCCGGUGUGGCUGCAGGAGCUGCCGGGCAGCGAGCACAUUGCAAUGUUGUUCAACGCCACCACCCUGGCCUAUCUCAAACGCCUGCUCCUUGGACCCUGAUCCCCAGCCCAUGGCUAGGCUACAGAACCAACUCAUUUAGCAGCUGGAAACAGAUCUGCCCGGUCUCUGGGUCUGGGGUGGGCUGAAGCUUCUGCCCCAGGAAAGCACCAUGUCUCAUUCUUCUUCAGGGAAUUGUCUGGACUCAUAGGGGGCCAGGUGGGAGAGGAAGUGGCUGAGGCAGGAGCAUUGUGACCUCCACAUGACAUGGGCCAUAUUCCCCCAACGUCUGGGGCCUUUUCACUCACAAGCCAGGCUCAGGCCCUUCAUCAGGGAGGGAUAUCUAUCUCAGAGCACUGGGUCCCCUCCUUAAAGGUCCCAGCUUGGGCCCCGGUCUCGGAUGGUGGUUGCCUCACACUAGCCACAAGUAGGGUUACUGCUGAUUAUGGGGGCAGGGGACAGGAGCUACAGCCUCCCUAUGAACAGUAGUUCUCCAACCUGACUGAACUUUUGGGAGGCAGCCCAGUUUCCCAGUGGGCAAGGCCGGCUGUUGAGCUCUUUUGGGGUUUCCAAGGCGUACAGAGCUAACCUCCCUUUUUUACCUCUAAGAAAUGCCUUGCUCAGGAUUGGGAUGCAGAUGGUUCCCCUCUUUUGGGGCUGGGGUCCCCAAGAGCCCUGGAUCCCCUUGUUCCCUUGGCCACAGGACUGAUGCUCCUUCUAGGACUGCGGUCUUGAUGUGAACAGUGCAGGCCCAAUGCCAGUGCUUGAAGUAAGAACUGGAGGCAGCAACCCUCAUGCUAGUGUUGGGUCACAUUCCUUCAGCCCAAGGGUUUCCAGGUCACAAGCAGAGACUGGUUUUAAGGACUGGGAGGAGCAGGACUUCUACACCCCUGUCCGGUUUAGUUCGCAGGCCCUAACCUGGAAACUUGGCUGGGCCUUGCAACCUCCUCUUAAACUUCCCACAUUUGAGGGAUUUUUUUUCUCUCUCUCAGAGAUGCUAUAUGAGAGCAGGGUGGUCUCUGGGCCUGUGUCAGUGCCAUGAGUUCCAGUGAGUGAAGCCAAGACUCAGUGGAACCUGGAGGGUAGGACCCAGAGCCACCUUCAGGUUGGACAGUGCCUCUCCCGUGGCAUUUCCAUUUCCGUUUCUGUGGAGCUGGGUUUCGUCUGUUGUGACCCUGCCCAGCUCCUGUCUCUCUCUCUCCCUUGGUCCCUGAGUGAUGAGCUUCAUGUGGGGCUCUGAGCAAGUUGUACCUCAAUUUUGGCAAUAAAAGUAUUCUGGAUGCUAAA